GUGCGCGUGUGGCGGAAGUUUGUACGCUCACAUGAAUCAAGAAAAUAGCGGACUGAGGUUUAGGGGUUCAGCCCCAGCGUUCGAACGGCAUGAGGCGCAACCCCGAUCGAUGUCGUUGCGUGAAGUCCUUCGCGUGAUUCGGAGCGAAAUCAAGCGAUGUCCCUCGACAGAACCUAAAUAGGAUAAGAAAGAACAUCGCGGAAAAAUCGAGCUCUGACAACAACUGAUGCUGUAUCACAGUGCGUGUGUGUGAGGGAGCGGUGUAGCAGCUGAGCGUUGCAGCGUGAUGCCAAGAUGCUGCUGUCCCUGGGAAUGCUUAUGUUGUCGGCCACGCAAAUCUACACCAUUUUCACCGUCCAGCUCUUUGCUUUCCUCAACCUGCUGCCUGUCGAGGCCGACAUCGCAGCUUACUCAUUUGACAACAAAACAAAGAAUUUUGACGAUCUCCCUUCGCGGUUUGGGUACCGACUACCUAGCGAUGGAUUGAAGGGUUUCCUGAUUGGUGCACGACCAGCAAAUGCAUGUGAGCCUAUCGAGCCCCCGCCCAGGGACAACUUGACGGGUGUCUUCAUUGUCCUCAUCAAACGCUUUGAAUGCAACUUUGAUAUUAAGGUCCUCAAUGCACAGAAAGCUGGAUACAAGGCAGCCAUUGUUCACAAUGUGGACUCUGAUGACUUGAUCAGCAUGAGUUCCAAUGAUUUGGAUGUCAUGAAACAGAUCGAUAUUCCAUCUGUUUUUGUGAGCGAAGGGACAGCCAACUCUCUAAAGGAAGAAUACCUAUUUGACAAAGGAGGCCGCGUGAUCCUCAUGCCUGACUUCAGCCUGCCACUUGAGUUCUACUUGAUCCCCUUCCUCAUCAUCGUUGGAAUCUGCCUCAUCCUCAUUGUUGUCUUCAUGAUCACAAAGUUCGUUCAAGAUCGGCACAGGGCUAGGAGGAGCCGCUUACGAAAAGAUCAGUUGAAGAAACUUCCCAUCCACAAGUACAAAAAAGGAGACAUCUACGAUGUGUGUGCUAUUUGUCUGGACGAGUAUGAAGAAGGAGACAAACUUCGGGUCCUGCCAUGUUCUCAUGCCUACCAUUGCAAGUGCGUGGACCCCUGGCUGACCAAAACCAAGAAGACGUGUCCGGUGUGCAAGCAGAAGGUUAUCCCCUCGCAGGACGACUCCGACUCAGAAGAGAGCGGGGCCGACGAGAACGACGAUGCCUCCGAAAGCACGCCGCUGCUACGCUCGUCAGCUUCCACCAGCGCCCACUCGUUCGGCACCAUGUCGGCGGCGUCUCGCUCCGACCGCAACAGGGAAGAGUCAUCCUCAGAGUACGAGGAUGACGAGCUGGACGACAGUAGUGACGACGAGGUGACCGUGGAAGUCCAGAUGCAGCGGUCCAGCCCGGAAGGCCGGGACCACGACCUGCUUGAAGCUUGACCCCUCAAAACACGCUUACUUUAAUAUUUUCUUCCUCCAUACUCAAAUGUACAUUUUAUUGCAAGCUGGCAGAUGACAAGUUGAAAGAAGCCCGCUGCGCAACUGUGAUGGGACUAGAACACCGACUGUAUUGGAGUCAAAAAUGCAACACUCCUAUAGGCAAAUGCAAUGUCCAGAUGAGCAAUGCGUAAAUAUACACAUCACCGUAUGUAUAAAUGUUGAUUUUAUUGCACAUAAACGAUGAUGCACCUUCAAUGGGGAGAUGUUUUCCAGCUUAUAUAUUUAAAAAAAAAGUUCCAAUAGUUUGCUGCCAUUGACUGCGCCAGACGGCCAAGCCAUUUUGACUUGAAGAGGUUGGCAUCGUCAAAAUGCAUUGGACUCUAGCACAGUCAAUGGCACUGAAAGAUGAGCAUUCACAGCCAGUCCUGUCAGUUUUAAAUAUCAGAGGCCAUAGACUUUGUAAUGAUAUUGACGCGGCGCUGGGCCGAUUCAUGGGGGGCCCUAUCUCCAUUAAAGCUGACCGAGUGGAAACUGCUUUUUACGUUAAAUUCUUGUGAAUAAAUGCUUAAAUCCCUGAAUUCUUUAUAGAUAUGGACAUAAAACGGUCUCGAUUCUUGGUUAAAAGCAACAAGGCAGCAUUUAUUUUACGUAAAUAUGUCGAAUGUGAUGCUAGUCUGUUAGUCAAUGUGGCGGCCCCCUCAGUACAACUAUUGAAAAUUCAUGUGAAUAAAUGGUUAAAUCCCUGAAUUCGUUAUAGAUAUGGACAUAAAACAGUCUUGAUUCUUGGUUAAAAGCAAAAAAAAAAAAAAAACGGGCAGUUAGCAUUUAUUUUACGUAAAUAUUGCAAACAAUGACGCCAAUGCUGCAGCGGCCAAUUCUCCCAUUGAUUUAUUCAGGUUUCAAAAUACAUGCAUGGUACGAAAAAUAUUACCUUGAAUCCUCGAACAAAUCACUCCUGAGACAAUCUGUCCUGUUUGUAUGCUGUACAGCUUUUGUACUUUUCCUAAAUCUGGCAUUAGAUCACUGUGUGCUUUUCAAAAUAACUCUAUGUGGGAUGGCCCCCUACUUGAAUGUGAGGCGCGGUGUAUGAUGGCUGUGACCCGUCACUAUCAAGUCUUUGCAGACGUUUGUUUUUUUUUUUAGCUUAUUAAAGCUCUGGCAUCCACAGACGCGAGUUUGAUCUGAAAUGUGACGUCCAUGUAUGUUUUUUUUUUUUUUAAAUAACAAAUAGUCACCCUAUAAAGUUUAAUCCAACCUCACGACCAUUUUCCAUCAAGUGUAAAAACAUUUACUUGGAUAGACUGAUAACGCCCAGUUUUUUUGUUUUACCUGGGGAGGGCUGGUAUUGAUCGCUUCACCAGACAAAUUCAGAUCUUUAAAUUUCUACUACUAAUAAAAAAAUUACAUCUUUAUUUCUUCUAGCACUACAAUAGAACAGCCCAAACUAUAGGAAAGUUUUCAGCACAGGCCAAACCCUUUCCAUUUGUCAACAUACGAUGAAGAAAAUAGUGCCAUGUCAUUUCUUUAAAGUUAUGGGCAAACUAAGACAAAAUACUGUAUGUCAUUUGUCUUCUAAUGGCCACCCUCACUACACAGCCAAAUUCUUGACAAUGUAAGCUUUCCUUCAAUAUUUGUUCAUACUUUUACUUUGUUUUGACAAUUCUGUUUGCCUUUGUCCUUUACAGUCCAUUGUUACAGAAAUAAAACACUAUUUGGAAACGACCCUUUUUUUUUUUUUUGGGCACCCACAUUCUCAGACAAUCCCAUUCAAAAAGCUGUGAAAACACAUUUGAGGUGUGAACAUUAAGGAUAGCAUGACAAGAAACUUCCCUGGUUGGAAUAAAAUUUAUUUUGAUCUGUCUGUAAACAAGGUGAUAAAUCAAUAUAUGGCAUUCUUGGUUGUAUGCAUAUGAAAUUCAAUGCAUUGACAGACUAUCCCAGAUACAAGAAACAGUGAGAACAAAAGUUGGCAAGGGGUACUCAGAAAUAGAUUUAAGUACUAAAACACCUGAAAAGUGGAAUUGAAGCUAAACAAGAAGCCAAAGAACGAGUUGUGAAUUUGGGCAAACUAUCUUAAGAGCAACAGCCCUUGAACAUUUAUGGCACAGGAUACACAGGUUCCAAUAAAACAGUUCAUGUUGAUUCCAACCAAAACAGUCUCUCAAACAGUGUCACUACUUUAUCAAAUGGACGUUACAGUUGUAGGUACUGAGCUCACUGGACGAGCCAAGGCAAUUAGUUCCACAGUAAGUUGUCAACACAGCAAAAUGGUUUUAUUUUCAAAUUCAGUUUAGCUUCUGAACAGGAAGGAAAAAAAAAAAAAAAAAAAAACUAAAGAAAA